GGAGAAAGCUGAUGAAGAGAGAAGUCUGUCCAAGAAGAGGUCGAUGAGCUCACGUUUACCUCAGAUAUCAUAAUAAUCCCACUAUGGACAGCUCUGUGCCCCCCUCAAGCUCAAACCAGCUAGCCAUGCAGGAGCCUCCAAGCCUCGACGAGCAAUAUUCUGAAGCCUGCAAAAGAAUGGAACAGCCGGAGAACCCAUUCAUAUUCUGUGUUCUCCAAGAUGUGAAGCUAGACAGUGACAUAUUGACCAAAAACAUCACUAUAAAGAUAGCUGGAAACAACCGGUUGAUUCCUGUGGUGAAGGUUAUAGAUGGGGACUUCCAAGCCCUGGCUGUGGUCUUUUCAAACAAUGCGUUUCUUACAGGGCUGGACCUGAGGUACAACCUGUUAACAGAUGUUGGUGCAGCGUAUAUUGGUGCCUUUCUUCAGGACAAUCAUACCCUUCGUUACCUCAACCUGAUGUUUAAUGACAUUGGCACUGCUGGAGCAGAAUCCAUAGCUAAAGCGCUGCGUAGGAAUGAAACUCUGACGCACCUAAGAAUGACAGGCAACAAGAUUGAAAACAAAGGGGGGAUGUACUUUGCGGCGAUGUUACAGAUCAAUGCAACCCUGCAGAAGUUAGAUCUCGGAGAUUGUGAUCUGCGAACGCAGAGCUUGAUAGCAUUUGCAACAGUUUUGAGUCACAACACAUCUGUCAAAGCCAUAAACCUGAAUCGGCCAAUCCUGUACAGUGAAGAGGAAGAGUCCACUGUCCACAUCGCCCUGAUGCUGAGAACCAACAGCGCUCUCGUUGAACUGCAUUUGUGUAAGCAUGAAAUGAAGAAUUUUGGCAUCGAACGCUUGUGUGAUGCACUGUAUGAAAACCGCAGCCUGAGAUAUCUUGAUCUCAGCUGUAACAAAAUUACUCGAGACGGAGUUAGAUUUUUGGGAAAGCUGUUAAAACUGAACAACACCCUGGAAAUCCUGGAUCUCAAUUUUAACAGGAUAGAAGAUGAUGGCGCUUUCUACCUUAGCGAGGCCCUGGCACUUCAAAACCGGACGCUUCAAGCGUUAUCAGUUACAAACAACAACAUAACCGGGGAAGGACUGGUGGCGCUUGCUGAUGCAAUGAGAACAAACGAAGUACUUUCUUAUAUCUACAUUUGGGGAAACAAGAUUGAUGAACCCACAUGUGUGGCUUUUACAGACUUACUUCAAAGCGGCCGCCUGAAGCCGACCAGCACAGAUGUCGAGCCGUAUGUAGUGGACGGGCGCACGUAUCUGGCUGAACUCUCCCAUGGCCUCAAGAGACAUUACUAUUGGACACCAAGCUACGGACAGCCUGAUAACCAGGAUGCCAAUGCUUCUCUGGCUAUAGCUCCUGUUGCGGAGCAUUUGUGAAUCAGAUGGUUCGUUUUCUUACUGGAUGGGCAUAUGGGAUUUUUAUAACUUGGGCCUCGAUUUAGAACAGCUACAUC